GGCGAGCGGCGCACACCCUAUAGAACAAGAGAAGGCGAGCGCGCCAACUUUGCAACGAAAGAAAGAAAAAAUCCGAAUCACGAUGAAUUUUCUCCUGUCGGCGUGCGUUUUCGCGGCGGCGUUGGCGGCGUCGUCGGUGGCGACAUUGCAAUGUUACCAGUGCGGCCAGUAUAACGACGGGGUGGGUUCCAUAACACCCUGUAUUAACGAGACACAUAUGGAGCUGAAGGAGUGUCCCAGUCUGGAUCACGUUUAUUGCAUUAAAUACAUAAGCGAAGGGUCGACCGUGAGGGAUUGCGUUCCGAAGUGUACGGAGAGAGAGGACUGGGGCACCAAAACUUUCUGCUGUGCAGAGCCGGGCUGCAACGGGGCCUUCAUGAAGUCAUCCAGUCUUCUCCUGUUGUUGGUGUUGACAACCGCGGUGAUCCACUGAGAGUUGUCGUUCGUUCGCAACAACUAGAUAAGCACAUUCCUGAAUGAUAUUCUAAAUCGUUUUCUAUAGUCUUCCUCGUUCAUAAGAAAGUUUUUUUCCUCCAUUUCGGGUUCAUUAUUAUUAUCACACACACUCACGCGCGCGAGCAUUGAAAUGUUAAUUCGUGGCCUGGGAUGCUGGGGGUGGCUUGGAGUUGGAGAUGUAUAGGGCUCUUGGAAUAACACGUAAUUUUCAAUUAGUGUUUACUGUUGAUGUUUUCGUAGAUAUGGAAAUUAGCUCAAUGGUUUUGUCUUAAUGAAAGCGAAAAUGCAAAUUUUUCACAUAAAAGUAGUUAAUGGGAGAGAAGCUCUGGCGGCUUUUGUUCCAUACAUCCAUUUGCAUUACGUUAGGGAAAAUAGGCUUGAAGAUGAUUGAUUCUUAGAAUACGAGAAUGUUAGUUGAUGUCAGCGUAAUUAACGUUCCUGUUCACCAGUUCGGCCCUAUACGUCUCCUUCUGCGAAGAAACGAAGCGUACAAGAAUAUCACACAUCAUUUUCCAACAGCAUCGGGGCCAGUUCAGCACUUUUGAAUUAAUCCACUUUUCACUUUUUCCACGUAACGAAACUUUCACAAAAGAGAGGUUUACUGGAAAAACUGAAACUUACCACUAUUAUAAAAUGAGAUGUUUUACUAUUACUCUAGAAAUAAUAUCGUAAUUUAGGAAUUAGCAAAGUACACAUUCGUUAAUAUUGAUAUUAAAAAAUAAUCAUCAAAUAAAAAAUUUAUAAACUAAGUAAGAAGUAAGUAAGCUUUAUUAAUUAAUUACAAUCUAUAUAUAUUCUAAAUAAAUCACAAAUUCUAAGUAUAAGACAAAAAGACCCUCGGAACCAGGAUUCUUUCCCCAACAAUUCCUCGAAUAAUUUUAUGCAAAAUAAUUCCAUAACGCCUUGAAAUGUGGCGGCGGAAAAUCUUUAUUUAUGCACUGGAAAAACAUGCACACGCGAAAAACUUGUUGAUUAUUUUAAUUAAGUCUUAAUCAUCGUUUUUCCCGGAGCGGGUGCUUGUGUAAUAGCCGGCAAAGAGAAGCGAGAAAAAGCACAAAUUUUCACACAGGAGCACCUCACUGUAUAUAUAAUUAAUUGUAACCGUUUAGGAACCAUUUGUAAGUGCUUUCGUACAAAAAUUAUGUCACAUGGUCAUUGGUGUAACACGCUGUAACGAUUUGUGUAACGACAAGAAAAUGUUAUUAUAAAUAAAUCAUCAUAAACCAAA